GAAACACUUGUUGAACUCGCCGCUGCUCUCCCGGCGAAGACAGCGACGAGGCACAGUGGAGAGCAGUGACGACGAGGUGGUCCACUGUUCGAGCGACGCCGAGGUCCUCUGUUCCUCGUCCAACUACAGGGACCUCGAGACGUUUCAGAAGACGCAGCUGAGGAAUAAGCUCCGACGGUCGCGCGGCCGGAGCGACGGCAGCCUGGGCGGCGGCAACGGCGGCGGCAGCGGCAGCGGCGACAGCUCGGGGUCGCCGACGCCCCGACACCGCCAGUUCGUGAUGCACAACAAGGCGCCGCUCUGGAACGAGAACUCCCAGGUGUACCAGCUCGACUUCGGCGGGAGAGUCACGCAGGAGUCGGCCAAGAAUUUCCAGAUCGAGUUCAAGGGCAAGCAGGUGAUGCAGUUCGGGCGGAUCGACGGAAAUGCGUACACCCUCGACUUCCUACCGUUCAGCGCCGUGCAAGCCUUCGCUGUAGCUCUGGCCAACGUCACGCAGAGACUCAAAUGA